AUGCCUGAAAGCGCCUCGCUUCCCCUUAUCUCGCUUCCCUCCGCCAUCCCCCCUUCCAACCCCCUCACUUCCCCCAGAGGCCUCUUCUCCAACUACCUCAUGGGCACCAUGCCCAUCCCCUCCACCUCCCUAGUCGCUCUGGACGUGGGCUAUAACUUCCUCUCGGGCUCCUUCCCCAAGCUCUCCCUCGCUGUCUGUGCGGCUGACCAGAACUGCUUCCUCAACUCCUCCUACUGCCGCACCUACGGCUCGCAGCAGCGCACCGCCGUUGGCUGCACCAUCUGCGGCACGACCGACGGGCAGGGAACGCUGUGCGGUGGUGCACUUUGCUCCGCCAACAGCUCUCUGCCAGUCAGCCAGGGGAUUGUCAACGCCCCUUUGGUGCCGCCGGUGUCCUUGACUUGUUCGGUGUCCGUGCUGCUAUCCAUCAAGUCAACCCUGGGUUUGACGUUCACGAAUUGGGUCUCCUCCACUCUUUGUGCUGCGGGCAGUGGCACUCAAUUUUCACAGGGACCCACCACCUGGUCUAAUGUUGAAUGCUACCUGGAUGGGUCACCCAAGAAAUUGUAA